GCAACAGUCUACCACAACAUCGAAUUUCUGAUUUGGGCUUAGCGCUAAAUCGCGCGUUGGUGAUCCGUGAUCGAGCUCCUCUAACGCGAAAACUACUUAACAUCUUCACUCCCCACCAUCAACGCCCUUUCUUCCAUCUUCAUCUCACUUUUCCAUCCCCAACUCAAAGCCAGCCUUCAGCCAAGUCGCUUUUUACGCGUCUACCUCAAUACCCAACUUUUCCACACAACCCAACCCCAAAUCCCAAAUUCACAAUGACUGGAGGCGGAAAGUCCGGCGGCAAGGCCAGCGGUUCCAAGAACGCGCAAUCUCGUUCCUCAAAGGCCGGUCUCGCAUUCCCCGUCGGUCGUGUUCACCGUCUGCUCCGCAAGGGUAACUACGCUCAGCGUGUCGGUGCCGGUGCCCCCGUCUACCUCGCCGCAGUCCUCGAGUACCUCGCCGCUGAGAUUCUCGAGCUGGCUGGCAACGCCGCCCGCGACAACAAGAAGACCCGUAUCAUUCCCCGUCAUCUUCAGCUCGCCAUCCGCAACGAUGAGGAGCUGAACAAGCUUCUCGGCCACGUCACGAUCGCCCAGGGUGGUGUUCUGCCCAACAUUCACCAGAACCUGCUGCCCAAGAAGACUGGCAAGACUGGCAAGAACCAGAGCCAAGAGUUGUAAAUGGGUGUCGGUUUCGGUUUUUUUCGUGCUGGUCGGCUGCUUUGGGUUGUCAUGACAUCGGGGUCAC